AAUAUGUCGUGCAAGGUAACAUAGCCAGUCAUUCCCUAACGAAUUUGUUUUCUUAUUUAUUUCAUUGACCUUCUUAUUGUUCAUAUUACUAUAACAUUUUGCAUUAUAUUUUUGGCAUUCCUAUGAAGUCCUCACUUUCCCCGCUGCAGAAAUUUGCGUCUGCAUUCUCCCGUAGCCCAUUACGAACCACACCGCGGAGGCUGAAUGCGGAUUCAAUAAUAUGUGCGCGUUGUUGGAGGAAACAACAGGUCCGCUUUGCCCAUCAGCCAGCUGACGAUCCGACCUGGAUAUCUGUUGUGGACAACCCCGCAAAGCUCGUGAAAACGGGGAAGAGACAUGGCCCAGGAUUGAUCCUUCUAGCCAUCAUACCCAUUACCGCGUUUGCCCUCGGAACAUGGCAAGUUCAACGCUUGGAUUGGAAGACCAAGCUCAUUGCCAAAUUUGAAGACCGUCUCGUGAAGGCACCCCUACCUCUUCCUCCUGUCGUUAAUCCAGAUGCCAUCGCCGACUUCGAUUAUCGCCGGGUAUAUGUUACGGGUCGCCUAAGGCACGACCAAGAAAUGCUCAUCGGGCCUCGUAUGUAUGAGGGCAAAGAUGGAUAUCUCGUCAUUACACCACUGGAGAGAGGCGAUGCCGGGAGCACAGUACUCGUCAACCGAGGCUGGGUCCCAAAGGAUCGCAAGGACCAGAAAGAUAGGAAGGCAGGUUUACCUGAGGGAGAAGUUACAGUGGAAGGAUUACUGCGCGCCCCUUGGAAGAAAAAUAUGUUUACGCCGGACAAUAAGCCGGAAGAGGGAAAGUUUUAUUUUCCAGAUGUAGUGCAAAUGGCGGAGCUUGUUGGCAGCCAACCAAUUUGGAUUGAAGAGACAAUGAACCCUGAGCUCCUCACAAUAUACCAUAGAGAAGCGAAUGGUAUUCCUAUCGGGCGCCCACCUGAAGUAAAUCUCAGGAACAAUCACUCCCAGUAUAUCGCAACAUGGUACGGUUUGUCGUUGGCUACCGCGAUAAUGUUCUGGAUGGUCGUUAGAAAGAAGCCAAACGAGAUAACUCGGCGGGUGCGACAUAAUAAAGGCUGGUAGCCUCGAGACGCAUCAAUCUCUCCACUCUUGCUACGGGCGGAUUGGUCUUCUGGGUUUUAAAGGCGCUUUUCGGUGGAGUUGAAAUUUUUCAGCGCUUUGGAAGACGGAUAUCCUGCACAAGCUCUUUGGGCAGAUGCCUUUGGGCAAGCGCAAAUACUGUGGUGUUUUUGCCAAUAUGCCGUUGCCUGUCUCCCACAUUAGCAUGUAGGCCUAGGAUCCAACUCUGAAUACUCAUGUUGAAAGUGGGAUCUGAAGUCAGGGAAAAAGGAGGAAGGGGAAAUUACCUUCUCAUGAGUGUCAUGACAUCCGUCUCAUCGAUAGUCUUUCUGCCUGCAUGUUUCGCAUAUGUUGAGAGGUCAUCACUCGCUUGCUCAAAAUACCAUUCCGUCGCCUGCUCAAUAGCAGCCAAGGUCUCCUUGCUAAUUCUCGACUUUCCUCCACCACUCCGGGCAAACCGAGUGGCCAACUUUUUUACGAUACCGGAUGGUAGCCGUGGUACAGGGAUACCGUGUCGUGAUAGCUUUUGUUGCUUGCUACCCUUCACCUUUUCUUGAGGUACUGGUUCUGGACUGCUUGAAGGAGGUGCGGGCCUGGAAAGGUCGUCUUGGAUUGCAAACUCAACGCCUCCUCCACCAGCAACGCUAUCGGACGACGGAAAGUCGGUUUCCACGUCAGGAUUGAUAUCAAGGGCAAAAUCCUCAUAUUCUUGCUCAAGCUGAUUUCCGGAAAUCCCAGCGGUCGUUGCAUCUGGUGUCGGGAAGGAAAAGUCAAGGUUAAAACGUCGCAAAUCUUCGGUCUCUCCUCUUUUGUAGAUUAGCUUUGAAUAUAUAAAGAAUAAUUGACGAACCCUUACCCUGCAUCAAAGAUAGGCCCGGUAUCUUGUCCAUGAUCGUCUCCAUCAUCUCCAUGAACUGUCGUAUACUCCAGUUCCUCUUCCUCUAGAUCCUCCAUUCUGCCGAGGUCACCGAAGCGGUCACUGAAUCGAUUGCUCCCCAUGCUUACUCUGGACAGAGUAGUUCGAUCCUGUAUACUCCGCUCUCGCCUUGGCAUUUCUAUUGAUCUCCAGGUGAGAUCGAUAUCUUCCUCAAUAGCCAACGAGAGUCUAGGAGGCUGGAUAUCUGGACUCUUAUCGUCCUCUACUAUCAUUUCCGCAAGCGGUAGUGAGAGCCUAGGCCUUGGAAGAUCUGGUUCUUCAUCAAGAUCAUCGAUCGGUUUGGGUGUGGGUGGCUUCUCCGGCUCUUCUUGUGGUGAUGAUGAAACUGCUCGCGUGGUGGGGGCCAGUACUAGAUUUCAAAACGAAUACUUCAAUUUAGUAAAAACAUCACUUGCUACCUAAACAAGGUAUAUAGCAGCGUCUGAUUACGAACUUUUACCCAGGUUCCUUAGGAUAUCCAUGGGCGUUUCUCGCUGCACCCGUCCACUUUUCCUCCGAUCCCGCCCAGGAGUAUAUGUAGCUGCACGUCUUUGAAGCGCGCGCAGCGCAUGAGGAGUCGCGGGGGGAGCAUUGGCGCCUGUAUAUAUGCUACCUGGUGUUCGUCUUGCGGAGGCUCGGUUUGCGGAGAGCGGAGGCCGAGCGGCAAUUGCCGCCGGAGUUGUAGGGUUUAUUGUUCCCGCGAGUUGGUGAAGCUAAAUGAAGCCAGAGAGGAUAGAAAUAGAAAAGUUAGUCAAUAUUCUUUAUGCGCAGCUUUUCCAUCCCGUAAUCAUGUUUUCCACGUACGGCAUUGAGGGGGCUCUCCUGGUCUGAAUUUCUCUUCCC